AUGACACUGUUUGCAGGGGUAACUAUAAUCACGUUGCUAACGGCUAAUAUCAAUGCUUUGGUUUGUUAUGAAAAUGAUGAAUCUGGUAAAGUAUAUGAGAUAUCAAAUGAAUCCUGGAAUUAUUGCGUCUUUAUACCGGGUCAUGAAAGAAGUCGUGUAUUCGGUAUUGGCCCAGAAGCAGAUUGGACAAAAGCAUAUGAUGAAGCAUUUAGCGCAUCGGAUGAAAUUUAUCAAGUACUAUCUGUUUGUCUCCUAGAGAAAUAUGAUUUCGGUCAGCUGAAUCCAAAAAAUGUCGUCAAUCCAUCAGAAUCGGUAGAAUUCAUUUUCCGAUGCAUUUGCAGCUAUGAUCGCUGCAACAAUGCUACAACAUUUAAUAACUAUUUGAAGACGAUCAAACUGGAUAAUGCUAGCAGCAGUGCUGAGAACUGA